GGCAUGCCUGAAUGUCCCUGUCCUGGCUGUGGCAUGGCGGGCCAGAGGCUCCUCUUCCUCACUACCCUUGCCCUGGGACUCCUGGGAAGGGCUGGGGGUUCCCAACCGGCCCCCCGGAGCCGGGGGGCCGCAGCAGCCUGUCGCCUGGACAACAAGGAAAGCGAGUCCUGGGGGGCCCUGCUGAGUGGGGAGAGGCUGGACACCUGGGUCUGCUCCCUCCUGGCGUCUCUCGUGGUGGGGCUCAGCGGUGUCUUCCCGUUGCUCGUCAUGCCCCUGGAGGUGGGCACCAUGCUGCGCUCGGAAGCGGGGGCCCGGCGCCUGAAGCAGCUGCUCAGCUUUGCCUUGGGGGGACUCCUGGGCAAUGUGUUCCUGCACCUGCUGCCCGAGGCCUGGGCCUACACGUGCAGUGCCAGCCCUGGUGGUAAGGGGCAGAGCCUGCAGCAGCAGCAACAACUGGGGCUGUGGGUCAUUGCUGGCAUCCUGACCUUCCUGGCGCUGGAGAAGAUGUUCCUGGACAGCAAGGAGAAGGAGGGUAUGGGCCAGGGGCCCAGUAAAGACCCCCCUGCUGCUGCUGCCACGCUCAAUGGAGGCCGCUGUCUGGCCCAGCCAGCUGCAGAGCCCGGCCUCAGUGCUGUGGUCCGGAGCAUCAAGGUCAGUGGCUAUCUCAACCUGCUGGCCAACACCAUCGACAACUUCACUCACGGGCUGGCCGUGGCCGCCAGCUUCCUUGUGAGCAAGAAGAUCGGGCUCCUGACCACCAUAGCCAUCCUCCUGCACGAGAUCCCCCAUGAGGUGGGCGACUUUGCCAUCCUGCUCCGGGCUGGCUUUGACCGAUGGAGCGCGGCCAAGCUGCAACUCUCCACAGCGCUGGGAGGUCUGCUGGGCGCCUGCUUUGCCAUCUGUACACAGUCCCCCAAGGGAGUAGAGGAGACAGCAGCCUGGAUCCUGCCCUUCACCUCGGGCGGCUUUCUCUACAUUGCCCUGGUGAACGUGCUGCCCGACCUCUUGGAGGAAGAUGACCCGUGGCACUCCCUGCAGCAGGUGCUUCUGCUGUGCACGGGCAUCGUAGUGAUGGUGCUGUUCUCGCUCUUCGUGGAAUGAUCGUCCCUGAUGCCCCAUUCAUUCCCCAUGUAGCAAUAAGAGACUCGGAUUC